GUGCGGUAUUCUAACGUUAGUUUAUGGAGGGCUGGUCGGCCUAAUGCUUUAUGUAUAUGAUAUUAACUGUUGUUCUUUUUCUUUUCUCAAGAUGAUAGUCUUUGCACCUAUCUUACCUGUUGAAGCAGAGCUUGACUGGGUGAUGCCUAACACUAUCGUGUAAAAAAAAAGAUAAGAAAUGUAUAAAUUUAUAUUUCUUACCUUCUAUUGUGUCGCUAUGACGAUGAGCAUGGCAUUGGAAAGGUGCAGAAAUGACAGGCCUAACAAAGUCGACAGCAGUUCUCCCAUUCCCCAAAGUUUACAAGCCAUGGUGAUGGAAAAUGGGGCAAUUAAACUGUCGUGGCAACUACCAAAUAUUGGCAGUUAUAACUUACGAUGCCUAAAAAUAUACUAUCGCAAAAUGUCUGAGAAUUAUUGUUCCAAAGGUACUAUUCGUAUUGGUCAUAGUUGGACCUUGAAGAAUUUAAUACCUAAUACUGAAUAUGUCUUCUACAUUCGAUGUGAAACAGACAUAGGCAUGAGCCAUGCCUCAGACAUAUUAAUAUUCACAACACCAGUUGGCUCACCACAAGAAAAAUUGUACGAUAAAGAUAUCUAUUCGACCGCUGGUGAAAGAACCUCGUUAUUGUGUCCUAUCUCCGGCAACAAGUUAUCUUAUAAAUGGUUUAAGAAUGGAAGCCUUAUAGGAGUUGGUAAUGACCUGACCUUUCAGAGUAUUUCCACGUAUGACAGCGGGAUAUAUACCUGUGAGGUCGACAGUGAAAUGUACCAAUAUUCAAAACGACUCCAGUUGAAUCUUCAUGUUGAAGGAUGUAAUUCAACAAAAAGUAGGCCUUUAUCAAGAUCUCCUUCAUUGAUACCAACGAUGGAUUUUCAUGGCAACCAGAUUUCUAGAGUAGUCUACCUAAUCCAGAGAAAAUUCUCCAAUAUUACAUUUAUAUGUGCUGUGAAAGAGCCUAAUGUGGAGACGUUUGUUCGUUGGUAUAGGAAUGGUUUUAUGAUGCAAAAAGGACAUUAUUUUGAAAAUACGUUUUAUGCCUUCAAGUUAACAAUGACAAAUUUAGAGUCUUCAGGUUCCGCCAAGUAUUCCUGCCUUGUUUAUAAUUGCCAUGGUUACACAAAACGAGAUUUCCAUCUAAGAGUUGUUGAUUUCAUUAAAAUCCGAGGCAAAAUGCCUCAGAAAGCACUGCAAGGGAAAUCUGUGACAUUAUAUAGCUCUAUUGGAACAGAAUCAGGAAUCCAACUUUGGUUGAAGUGGACUUUUUCAAAUAUUACAGCAACUAUCCAGGAGGAAUAUUUACUAAGAAUAUGGUCCCUACUUUUAAAUGUUUCUUGUGAGGAAGCAGUGGCAGGGCUACAAGUGAAUCCUUCUCCAUUGGGGUGUCUUCAAGGGCAGAAUAGUAGUUUGCCUCUUGUUGGGUUGGUGGUGGCCGAUUCUGGCCUGUACACUAGUAUAGUUGUUAAUGAUGCAGGACUAAAGUUUGAAGACAUAAUACUAGAUGUCCAACCAGUUCCGGUACCUAUUCCCGUCACUGACAAUGACAUCAUCAUCUUCAUUGGACUUUGCUGUCUGUCCUUGGUGACGUUUCUGGUGAUUGUGAGCAUAUUCAUAUACAGAAAGCUCAAAACAAGACAAUUGAAUUCAAGGAACCACUUAAGUAAACUAGUUAUCAACAGCAUAUAUGAAAUCAGUGAUGUAAACCAACCAAUGGUUUUAGCAGCAAAAAAUGAUUCUUUACAAUCCAGUAUCUAUGGCAGGCCCAAAUCGAUAUCAACGGAACCAGAAUCACUCUCAUCCUACGCAUCAUCCUCAACAGAUGUCGAACUCCCGGACCAGUGGGAAUUUCCCUUUAAUAGACUCAAAAUUGGUCGAGUGAUUGGCGAGGGAGCGUUUGGUAUUGUACAUUUAGCCGAAGCAAUUGGUAUUAAAAGCAAAGCAGAAGUAUCACUCGUUGCUGUCAAGAUGUUGAAAGCACCACCAACAAAACAUGAUUUUCAUUCAUUUCUGGAGGAGUUACAGAUGAUGAAGGGGAUCGGAAGACAUCCUAACAUUAUUAAUCUUUUAGGAUGCUGCACCCAAGGUGGGCUGUUGCUUGUAAUAAUAGAAUAUGCAAAACUGGGCAACCUGCGUGAUUAUCUUCGACUGAAUCGUCCACCAGUCUGUAGUAACAGGUGCGUCAAUCACCUCAAAGUUGCGUUGCUUGUCAAAGAUUUAUUGUCAAUGGCCUACCAAGUUACUAAAGGAAUGGAGUACCUUGCAUCCAAAAUGUGUAUCCAUCGUGAUCUGGCUGCUCGUAAUAUCCUGGUGACGGAAGAUUUUGUUAUGAAAAUUUCUGAUUUCGGUUUUGCACGUAAUAUAAUGAAUAUGGAUUACUAUCGGAAGGAGACCGAGGGUUGGUUACCAAUCAAAUGGAUGGCCCCAGAGACGAUGUCCGAUUAUGUGUUCACCACACAGAGUGAUGUCUGGUCGUUUGGUGUGUUGUUAUGGGAGAUUAUGACUCUUGGUAUGACCCCAUAUCCAAGCAUUCCAACAGACAGGAUAUUGAAAUUUUUGAUGGAUGGAAAAAGGAUGAGCCAACCAUAUGGAUGCUCACUAGAUAUUUAUCAUGUGAUGGAAGGGUGUUGGCAAUUCUCUCCCAAGAAACGACCCACAUUUCCAGAUUUAGUCCAAGAUAUAUCUCGAAUUUUACAUGAAAAAUCAAAUCAGGAGUAUUUAGAUUUGGAUGUGGUGGUGGCGACGUCUUUCAGAAUGUCAUCAACAGAUAAAAUUAGCUGUACAAGCUCAGAGCUGCCAAUUAAUACAUAAAUAUUUUCCUGCCGGGCUAUGCCAUGGAGUUACCAAGCACCAGAUUCUGACUUUUUUUUUAUAUCACUUUUAUUCAUCAAAAAUAUACAUCAAUACACAUUAAAAAUUCAUAUGGAAUGGAGUGAAUAAAAGGAAACGAAAAACCCCAGAUUUGUCAAAUUAAAAGAACACGCAGGGGGUGCCGCAAGACAAAAACACCAUAAACAAAUUCGGACAUCAAAAACAAAGAAACACGAGGAAAAAAGAAGAACAAAAAGACAGUUCAGCGUCGAGGACCAGACAUUCCCAUGGCCAGAAGGCAGUGAAAUAGCAAAACUAGAUGUUGAAUAGAGGUGGGUUUAUCCAGGUGGGUUCAUCUCUGGCGUAAUAAAUGCUGUGAGAUGAAACUAAGGCAAUUUUUGAAAUAUUGUAUUUAAAAGGCUUAAAUGAUAUGGGACAGUUAAUAGAUUUAUGGAUAGUUUUAAGGCGUUUAUUGUUGUCAGAGUUGAACCCCCUAGAACCCACCUCCAGAGCAACAAAAUCAACCUUGAACCCAGAGCCGAGGAUGUCUGAAACCAAUGGGGCAUAUUUAUUAGUUUUUAAUGUGUGGGCGUUAUCAAUCUAUUUGGGUUAAGAUCCAGCUUCCAUGCAUGCCAGCUUGGAUUGAAGAAAUUUUCUCAUCAACAUCAACAACUGAAUCUCCUUUCAAAUAUCUCUUGAUUUCCUCACAUGUUUUCUCCAUUCCACCUCUACAAUUUGUACCUGCGGGCUCAAUUCCCCUCAUCCAUUCUUCCUAAGUGACCAAUAAGCUGCUAUUCUGUAUACAUGAUUUACUGACACUCUACAAUAUGUCUUCAGUUCCUCAGAUCUAAGCCACGGAAUCUUCCAUUACACAUGCUCCUGAUCAUUUUUGUAUCAUUUAGUUCUAACUUGAACAUAUCUUUCUCCUUAAAUGGCCAUGUUCACAACCUUCGUUACACUACACACACAAACCUGAUGUAGUAUACCCUUGGUUGGUAGUGGGAAAAUUCCCUCAACAAUAUGCCAAACUUGUUUUUCCUAAUUCUGUUUAUAACACUAACAUCUGUACCUUGCAUCACCCAGGUAGUUAGAUAGUUUCUGAACAAUGUCCAAAGGAUCAUUAUCAAAUUCUCCUACCUCGAUAUUUGAUUUAUCAACAAUCUCCCUCAACUGUGUAUGUUUUACAUUUAUACUGGUUAUUUUAUGUAAGUCUUACCUUAAUUCCAUUUCAACUUAUGUGCACCCAAAGAUUGCAGAAUUUAUAGAAAAUGGAGUUUCUUAAGCUUCCUUAAGACUGGUCUUAAGAACCCUACCUCUUAAGAAUUCCUUAAUCUAAUCAUUCCAAUCAACACUUGUUCCAUCUAAACUAAUCCCUCCAUGAUCAUACAAAGGGCAUUGGAAUUCCUCCAUGGUCAGGGCAUCGUCAUACAUAUAUUCAAGUUUUUUGAUAAAAAAUGAAAAUCGAAAGGAUUGUGUCUAAUGUUCAGCAAAGUUUAGUUAUCUGUUGGUGUGAGGAAUAGGUUCUGUGGAGGAGAUAACGAAAAGUAAAAGUGUAUUUCUUUCGAGUAAUUGACUGCAUCUCGCAUUAUUAAAAUUUACUAGUUAUUGUACCAAAUAUUUAAAAAACUCCGUUAAGGGCAUUAAAUGUUUGUUUUUUUUGGUUUUUUUUGUUUUUUUUUUUUUUCAUGGGAAGGGGGUUGGAAAGCCACUUAGAAAGUGAUUAAUUUUGCUAUUGGCAAUCCAGUCCACCUCCUGAAAACAUGUUUAAUUUUCUAGUUUUUUUUGUAUUGUUUUUUGAAUAUUGUAUUUUAUAUCAAGUGACAGAAUAAAUGAAAUUGAAUGAAUGUGAUUUUCAGUUUUUGUACCUAACAUUAGUUUUUGUGUCUAAACACAGAAUCAAUGUAUUUCGAUAUCAAUUUUCUGCACUAUCAGUGAAAUAAAAUUGUUAAAUGUAUUGUGUUAAGCUUUUUCACACUGACACAAAAUACAUGUGAUUUGCCCAUUUAAGGGAAUUAAAUGACAUCAUUAUUGACAUGGACAGAGUUCAUAGUAGAUAUGUUAGUGAGGUGAUGGGCUGGUUCACAGAACAUCUCAAGAAUGUUUUUUUUUUUUUUUGCAUUUGUGAUGAAACCAUCACCUUUAUCAAAAAGAAUUAUGCAUGUUUAUAGUAUUUAUUUUUACCAAACAUUUGUUACCCAAACCCAUUUAAACAAAUACAGUACUGAAUACUGUUAUUGUAUAAUUGUUUUGUAUAACUUUUAGUCUCUUUUAGUUUAGUUGUUUUUUUUCUUUCUCAUUGAAUGCACCGAAAUGUUGCGUGCCACUGAAACAAAAGUGUAUGUUCAGUUGAAUAAAUAAAUAAAAAUACAAAUCCCCAGAGAGUAUCUGUAA